UUGCGUAGGAAGCAAGACACGCGACGGGUCUCGAGUGCUGUGCGGUGCAAUGGGUGAUGGGUGGAUGUGAAUUCUAGAUGAUAGUGCGUUCGAAUAGUGCGGCCGCUGCUCCGGGCGAUUUGUUUAUGUGUCAUAAAAUUAAACGGCAAUUAUGCGAUAAGCCACUGCUAAUAAAUAAGUGAAUGCGAAAUUCUGUAUGCCAUUUCCGAGUUUCCCUGCAACGCAAGAUCGAGCGAUACGGGCUUCAGUUUUUGUUCACUUUUUACACUUCACGUCGAGGAUACGAAAAUAGCUGGCGAGAAAAAUGUUUGCUUGUCGCUGAGCAGGAAAGUGGGAAAUGUGUCUGAAACAAAAAUAAAAUUAAAUAGCGCACAAAUCUUGAAGUAGCAAAGUUGCAAAAAGUCUACGCAAAAUCGAGCAAAUAUAGUGAAAGAUUCGCAAGAGCAAAUGCGUAAAAAAGUGGAGAAAAAAUUCGAGCGGAAAUCGUAAAUGAUUUGAAAAAGAAAUAAUAAAGAGAACAAUCUGUGCAGUGAAAAUAAAAAUAUUAUGAAUGAAAAUACCAAGGAAUAAGUGCCUGCAUUUGCAUCUCAAGAGGUUUUAUUAAAAGAGCACAGAAAUUAUAUCCAAGUUCAAAGUCGAGCGGAAUAUAAUGUGUCUUUAGUGAUCGUUGUGCAUCUAGUUCGUCCAGCAUGCAAGUCGGAAAUUUUAUAAAAUGGCCACUCGGUCUGAUCCUCAUCCUGUUGGUCACCCACUGCCAGGCCAAAAGGCAGCGCAAACGCUUAAGCGGAAUCUCCAGUGCCAAGGACCUCCAGGAUUAUAGCCUGCCGCUCAACGACAGCUCCUCGGAACUGCAGCAGAACAUCGUGUCCUGGACAGGAGCUCGCAUUGCGUCCAGUCCCGAAAAGCAGAAAAAGAAGUCACCGCAAUCAUCGAGACGUCACAAAACCAAGAGUGGCCUCAUCAUUGAAAGUAACAUUGCCGACUCGGAAUCGAUGUUGGCUAAUGCCUCCUCGGAAUCCGUCACCAAGAAGAAGCCGCCGCAGCGUCGUCGCAACGGAAAAUUACAGAAAUCCGGAGGAGGAGCAGCAGGAGCAGGAGGAGGCGGAGGUGGAGCCCUUCGCUUGCUCAAAACGGAUGACCUGUACUCAUCUAGUUUCUCCGGAGGCCUCUAUCCGCCGCUCUUCAACGUGGUUCCCCGGGCUGAGAUCUCGGUGAAUGCCACUUGUGGCCAGAACGGGGCCGAGGAGUACUGCAAACAGGUCGGCGCCAAGCCGUGUGGCAUCUGCAAUGCCCAUUCCUCGGACCGGGCCAAACAGCGCUCCAUACAGUCGCUGAUCUCGUCGGCGGCGGGAUCAGGAUUUGAAGAAGGCUGGUGGCAAUCACCAACGCUGCAGGGUGGCCGGCAGUUUGAGUAUGUGACCAUCCUAUUGGAUCUGAAGCAGACUUUUCAAAUCUUUUCCGUGUGGCUGAAGUCGGCCAACUCUCCGCGUCCAGCCUCGUGGAUACUGGAAAAGUCCCUGGACGGGAUUAACUUCGAGCCAUGGCAGUACUUCGGUUUGAGCGAUGCGGAUUGCCAGCGGCGAUGGAAUUUAUCCGGUCAAAAUGGCAAAUACGUUUUCCAGAACGACACAGAAAUCAUUUGCUCCACUCAGUUUUCGAAGCCAGGUCCUUUGGAGAACGGCGUGCUGCAUGCUUCGCUGCUGAAGAAUCGCCCCGGAGCCACGGACCAAAGUCCGGAGCUAAUGAAGUUCAUAACGACCCGGUAUAUACGGAUUCGGCUGCAGGGCAUGCACUCCACGGCCAAUCAGGACAACAGCUUGGACUGGCUGCUGGACUCUCCGUCGCUGGAGAAGCACAGCUUCUACUCGCUGUCACAGUUGAAGGUGAGUGCCCGUCUGGAUUGCCAUGGGCAUGCCAAUCGCUCCCAGGAGUCGCCGGAAGACCCGCUGCUGCAGUGCAUCUGCCAGCACAAUACCUGUGGUGCUCAGUGCGAACAGUGCUGUCCGCUGUUCCAGGAUCGCCCCUAUCAAUUGAGCGGCGAGUGCGAAAUAUGCCAGUGCUAUGGUCACGCCGAGAGCUGCACCUAUGAUUCCUUCCUGGACAAGGGCAUUUGCCAGAGCUGCUCGAAUAACACGGUUGGCAAUGAGUGCGAGUUUUGCGAGAUGGGCUUUUACAGGGAGCUGGAUGCCCCACUUACCGAUCCCUGUUUGCCCUGCUCGUGUAAUCCUGCUCGCUCCACCGGGGGUUGCCAGUCGGACGGAGGAAGCUGUAACUGCUUGGAGGGCUUCCAGGGCAAGAACUGCGAGCAGUGUGCUCCGGGAUACUAUGGAGACGAGUGCAAACGGUGUGAGUGCGACGAAAGGGGCAGUCUUGGCUCCAAGGGCUCCUGCUCGGGUGUUUGCCAGUGCAAGCUAAAUGUGGAGGGCAGCACGUGCUCCGAGUGUGCACCCGGAUACUUUGACCUAAGCGCUGAGAAUGCAGAGGGUUGCACCAGCUGUUGGUGCUCAGGUGUCUCGCAAACAUGCCACAGUGCCAAGCUGCAGACCCUGGCCUUUGAAACCCUCAACGAUUGGAAACUAACCGAUAUACAGAGAGUAAAACCCAUUUCAAUACCAGUUGAUGCCGAAACGAACAGAUUGAUCUUCGCCAACGAACUGGACGAAGUGGAGGCCAUCUACUGGCAGGCUCCAUUGGGCUACUUGGGAAAUCGCUUGACCAGCUAUGGAUCGAGGCUGCAGCUGGUGUUGACCUGGGAUGUGAUAAGAGGCGAUAGAUCGGGAAAGGCCACAACUGGGCCCAAUGUCAUCCUAGUCGGCAAGAAUGGACUGAAGAUUGCCUUCGGCGAUGAAUCCUUGGAGGGAUUAGGAGUCAACUUGAAUGUAACCCUUACAGAGGUGGGCUGGUAUCACGUGCCACCUACUGUUGUUGAUAUAAAAACUAGACUUCGGCGAACCGAGGGCGGUGACUACCACGGGGAAUCAGUUACCCGUUCCCAAUUUCUCUCCGUUCUCGUUUCCCUCGAUGCUGUCCUCAUCAGAGCUGCUUUUCACACGGAUCAGGGGGAAACGUCCCUCGAGAGAGCAGUCAUCUAUUCAGGAGGUGUGGAGUUGGGCGGAAAGUCCUCCAGCCAAGUGGAGCAAUGCCUCUGCCCGGCUGGCUAUACCGGUCUCUCCUGCGAGGGCUGCGCCUUCGGAUACAAGCGUAUCUACGAGAACACCUCGGACCACCAGAUUCUGAGCAAGUGCAUCCCGUGUCCCUGCAACGGACACUCAAACUCCUGCGAUCUGCAGAGCGGAAAUUGCGGCGACUGCAUGCACAACACCUUUGGAGAUCGUUGCGAGCGUUGCCAGUUGGGUUACUACGGGAAUCCCCUGCAGGGAACGCCAAACGAUUGCAAGCGCUGUGCCUGUCCCCUACCCGAGGACUCCAACAACUUCUCGCCCAGUUGUCAGCUGAAGAGCUACAACUACAUGGACCUGAAUCCGCAGUUUGAGCUGAUAGAACACGCGGAGUACAUUUGCACCCAGUGUCCGGAGGGUUACACUGGUGAUCACUGUCAAGUUUGCGACGAUGGGUACUUUGGAAAUCCCCGCCAGCUGGGAAGCAGUUGUCAGCGCUGCGAUUGCGCCGGAGGACCCUGCAACGUGACCACCGGAGAGUGCAUCACGUGCCGAGGAAACACCGAGGGUUGGCACUGCGAGCGCUGCAAGCUGGGCUACUGGGGUGAUCCGGCUGUUGGCUGUGAUCCCUGCCAUUGCCACACGGAAGGAUCGGAGAGCGGAUUGUGUGACAGCACCGAUGGUCAGUGUCUGUGUAAGCCACGCUAUGCGGGACAAAAGUGCAAUGAAUGCGACGUGGGCUAUGCCAAUGUUGAGCUACGCUGUCCAUCCUGCAACUGCGAUCCAUUGGGCUCGUUGGUGCAGGACAGAUGUGAUCCCCACACUGGACAGUGCCAUUGCAAGGAGGGCGUCAUGGGAGCCAAGUGCCACGAGUGCCAGGAUGGUUACUUCGGCAUGAAUGGCGUGGCCGAUCGCAUGGAUGACCUUGCUGCACUGCGUCAGAACUCCGAUGGCGAAGGCGAUGACGACGACUGGGAAUUGGUUCCGGAUAGCGAAGAUCCCGACAGCGAAUCCGCGGUGGCCUGUGAGGCAAAUGCGGCUGCCGAGAAGAAGAUGUUUAUUGAGUUGUACUUGAAGAAGAACUCGGAUUGCAUAACACACUGA